UUAGUUCUCUUUACCAAGUGAUCGCUCUAGUCACGUGAUUUAUUGUCUUUUUAGUUAGUAGUCCUAUAGUCGAAUGGGAACUCUUCGCUAUUAUGGCAGCAGAUUUGAGUGUCGGUGUUAUAACUGAGGCGCUCAGUGUCUUGAUCACACCGAGAGAAUCUCCUGAGACUGAUAAACAAGCAGCUCUGCUGAGCUCUCUAAAGCUCAAUGUUUCUUCCCUGGAAGAUAAACUUCUGAAUUCUCCAAAAUGGGAGAAGUUACAGCUUCUGAGGUCAAGAAUCUUGGCAGAGGCUAAGUGGCUAGAAGAAUGCGAAGACGCCCCCGAUGAGCCAACCUGGAGAUUUACCAUAGAGACUCUGCUGUUGCUUUUGUGUAUGAAGGAGUGUAUGAAUCAGAUGGCAGCUUCUUUCCAGCCUCCUAAACCGAACCCAAAAACACCAGAGUGUGCCCCAGCUCUUAGCCCCGACACACUCAGCAUCUCCCAACAGAAGACUGUCCAGUCUGCAAUCCAGUUUGUAGUUUCUCUGGGCAUUUGUCCUUAUCUUCUACCUGGUGUAGGCCUCCCUCUUCAGCACCGAUCAGAAUUUGGAGCUCUUGUCCACAAAGUAGUGUCAUGUGAACAUAUUGUUCGCACACGCAGACUUUACAUUACCUGCACCACCCUUCUGGAUGUGUCUCGCCAUCCAUCAUUAGGGAGUCUUCUGCUAACGCACCAUCUAGGGGACCUCAUGGCAGGACUGUGCCAGUUAGGAUUCUGUCCAACAAAAGCAAAGCCAGGGCAGAGUACAGUAGGAAGGCCAAAGGAUCUGACUGAAGGAGAGAGAAGCAGAUGCAAAGAAGCACUAAAGUGUCUUUUGGAUCAGGUCUACCAGCCACUUGUUAUUCGAGAACUGUUGAUCCUGCAGGGAGGCCCCCGACAGGGCCCACGUCCUUCAGGCAAUGCAACAGUAGAGCAACUUGCCCCAGCACCAGCCUGGCUGCGCCGCCUUUCUGGGCAGCUUCUUUCUGAGCGUUUAGUAAGACCUCACGGAGUACAGGCCGUUGUCAGAGGUAUCCUUGAAGGAGCUGGAGCUGGUACAGUUGGAGGCCGUGAUGCAGAAGCUGCAGCUAGCAACUGGAAGAAGUGUGAGGCUGUGGCAAGAGUCCUGGCAUCGUGCCCUCAGCAGUCUCUAUCUGUGGAAGAUUAUUACCAGAAGGUUUGCCCACAGAUUCUAGACUUACUUCAUAUUCGAGACCCUUUGACGGCACGCCAGUUUCAGAGAGUAGCUACUGAAACUUUCCUGACAAUGAGCCGAGAGCAGCCACAACUGGCAGAGAAGCACCUAAUCCUGCCCAUGCUGGAACCACUGCUGCGCUGCACUUCUAAACAGACAGCAGAGCCACCUCCACCGGGCAAAACUUUGGUGUCGGAAAAGGAGCUGUCGCGCUGUAUGGAGGACAUUGUUAAAGUCUUUGUUGUGGGGAAUGAUCCAACAGCUGCACUGCUUGACUUUACCAGACAAAUCCUGUCUGUCAUCUUUUCAUUAUAUUGCUUUGCAAAACAGAAUGUGUCCCACUUACGCUCUCCUUGCCAGGAUAUUCUCCUGUGGUUUCUGGAGAAGUCAGAAAGAGAAUUAGCAGUGUCCACACUUGCAGGGUUGGCCGGCAUGAAUAACUCUCUACCAUCAAUACUUCCCUAUUGCCAGAUAAAACCAGCCAGUCAUGGGGGAGCAGACAUCAUAAUCAAGGAAUGUAAUAGUCCAGUUGAUGAUGAUGACGCACUGUAUGAAAAGGUGACCUGCGAGCAGUGGAGAGUGGAGUGCCUGGUGGAUCUGUUGUCAGUCACUUCCACUAGUGGCCUUGCUGCAGACUUCUUUCUUUUCUGUUUGAAGGAGCUGAACCUCCUUGUUGCAGAGCAGGAGCCAUUAGAUAAUGAUGUCUGCUCAGGUGACAGUCUCCUCGAUCUGGAACGAAGACUCACCAUUGGCUACGAGACUCAAGAGAAGCGUCUUCAGCUGUUACAAGUUCUUUCUGUGCUAUGUGAGAAGAUCUCCGACUCCAUCUUUACUGAUGUGCAGCAGGUAGUAGAAUUUGUAGCUGUGACGUUGGAUCGGGCCUGUGCCAGCCUUCCUGUGCAAUCGCAGACACUGAGCAUGGGGAUGGGACUGAUAGCUGCUAUGUUAGGUGGGGCAGUGAAGUUAACAUCUGCUGAUUUCGGACACAUGAAGAGGUUGCUGCCAAUAUUGGAACAGAUUUCCCAAUCCCACCAAGAACUAGUUAUUCAGGAGCUGGCAAAUGAUCUACGGAUCAGCAUUGCCACACACUGUGCUAUCCAGCUGCCCCAGAGAACCGCAGCCAGUAGUCAGAACCCAGAGAGAAAAGAAGCACAAAAAAGAUCACCAGACACAGUCGACUUUCAGGAGAUACUGAGUUCAGCAAGCGAUACUGACAUACCCACUCGAGCAGCUGCCCUGCGCACUUUGAUUCGAUUACUAGAGCAGAAAGACCCCCGUGUUCUGGAGUUUCAGGGGCAGGCACUGCAGCUGUUUCUAGAAAACCUGGAGCAAGAGGAUUCUUUUGUAUAUCUGUCGGCAAUUCAAGGGAUUGCUGUUCUGUCUGCAAAGUUUCCUGACCGUGUCCUUCCAGUCCUUUUGGCUCAGUUCGGCAAUACCACAAUGGACAAGACUAAAAUACGAGCCCCUGAAAAUAGGAUGAAGGUUGGAGAAGCUUUAAUGAGAAGCACCAGAGCUCUAGGGGACGUGAUAUUUCAGUACAGAGACCCCCUUAUUCACACCUUCCUGAAGUGCUCCAGAGAUCCGGAUAGCUCCUUGAGGGCGAGCAGCCUAUCCAAUCUGGGCGAGCUGUGCCAGCGGCUGCAGUUCUCUCUAGGCCCAUUUGUUCAUGAGGUGAACAACUGUUUAUCAGCUAUUGUCCGAACUGACCCAGAAGCCCAGGUGCGAAGAGCAGCUAUUCAUGUGGUGGUUCUGCUUCUACGAGGUCUGAGUGAGAAAGCCAUGGAGGUCCUGCGCGAUGUACUUCUGGACCUGUACCGCCUUUUAAAGUUUGUGGUGCAGUGCGAAUCUGAUUCGGUAUCCGUUCUUCAUGCACAGUUAGGACUGGAGGAGCUAGAUCACAUAAUCAGAGCUGCACUAUUUCCCCCACAGAAGCUAGAGAAGAAAAUAGUGGUCCUUCCAUAGCAUCCCUAUCUACAAAUUCCUGUUGCUUGUAGCUUAUUAAUUAUUAUUUUUUUCUUUUUUUUGCAAAAAUAUGUGCGCAUAUAUUUAGUAUGUUUUCUUCUGAGGAACACAUGUGGAAAUAAAGGUUCUUUUUAAAUUUUG